UGUUGCUAUUCAGUUGUUGUUUGCGUGUGUCGGCUCGUGGUGCCAUAGCUAAAAUAUAAUAUUUAAAAAGUGCCGGAAAAUUAAAUAAUUAUUGCCUACAUUGUAUUGUGAUAUUUGUGGAUACAUAUACUUGCGCACGUACAUAUUUUUGGUGCUGAUCAAUUGAUCGAUUUACUGCGCUUCAUUGAUACAUAACUAAGAUGAUAGACAGUAUGCCUUAAGUGGCCGGAAUGUUAGACUAAGUUUAUGAAUAAUCCGUCAAACAUAACGCAUAUCUAUAGUGUUUCAAAGUGUGGUGGGAUAUAAAAUAUCAUAAGCCAUAACGCUAGACACAAUUCUUGAGUUUUAUCAGUAUGCAGUCAAAUAUUGGAUUUAUAGAGAAAUUACGAUGGCGAUUGAAAGUCUACGAACACAAGUACCAACAGAAUCGACACACAACCGACGAAACAUCAGUUGUGGAGACUGAGUAUGGAAAAGUGGAGGGCGUUAAACGGUUGACUCUUUACGACAUUCCCUACUACAGUUUCGAGGGCAUACCCUAUGCGCAACCACCUGUAGGCGAGCUACGCUUCAGAGCGCCUCAACGACCCAUACCAUGGGAGGGAGUAAGAGAUUGUAAAAAUACCAAAGAAAUGGCGGUACAAAACCAUGUCAUAACCGGAGCAUUGGAAGGAUCUGAAGACUGUCUCUACCUCAAUGUGUAUACGAAUAAUACACAACCUGAUAAGCCACGGCCUGUUAUGAUAUGGAUACAUGGCGGUGGAUUUUACACCGGUGAGGCUACACGUGAUUGGUGUGGACCUGAUUAUUUCAUGGAAAAAGAUGUUGUGCUGGUAACGAUACAGUACCGCCUGGGUGUGUUAGGCUUUCUUUCGCUCAAAACACCCGAACUAAAUGUACCUGGCAACGCUGGCCUCAAAGAUCAAGUGCUAGCUAUCAAAUGGGUAAAAAACAAUUGCUCAAGCUUCGGCGGAAAUCCGAAUUGUAUUACUAUCUUUGGCGAAAGUUCUGGUGCAACAUCUGCGCAUUGUAUGAUGCUUACCGAACAGACGCAAGGCAUCUUCCACCGCGUCAUUUUAAUGUCGGGUAAUGCCUUGCCUUUAUGGGACACAGAGGAUCAAGUUUAUCGUGGCUUUGAUCUCGCCAAGCUGGCUGGCUACAAAGGUGUGGAUGACGAUAAGGAUGUGCUAAAUUUUUUGAAAAAAUGUAAAGCGAAAGAUCUGAUUGCACUGGAGAGUCGAACAUUAACAGCGGAGGAUCGCGCACGGAAUAUAUCGACGCCUUUCGUGUACUGCGUGGAGCCAUACGUGACGCCUGAAUGUGUGAUACCAAAACCGAUUAGAGAAAUGAUGAAAACGGCGUGGGGCAAUGCGAUACCACUAUUGGUUGGCCAUACGUCCGAUGAGGGUCUGAUCUUUUCGCAGGGCGCUAAACUAUUAGCGGGCUUGGCCCAAAAACAUAAAACCUAUUCAUUGGAACAGUUUGUGCCCUUUGAAGUUGCCGACAGUGAUGAGAACGAAAAAUUUGUGGAGAAGUUAAAGACGGCGCAUGUCAAUGGCAAAAUACCAACGGUUGAAGAAUAUAAAAAAAUAAUAGAACAUUCUUACUUUCACCUCCCUCUUUACCGCCUGAUACGCUCUCGUUGGGCAUACGCUGCCGGAGCGCCACUUUAUCUCUAUCGCUUCGAUUUCGACUCUGAAGAAUUGCCACAUCCGUAUCGUAUUUUUCGUUUUGGACGCGGCGUAAGGGGUGCAGCGCAUGGUGAUGAGCUUUCUUUUAUAUUUUCAAAUCUAUUUUCACAUCGUUUGCCAAAGGAAAGUCGCGAAUAUCGCACAAUAGAACGCAUGAUCGGCUUUUGGACACAAUUCGCGCGCAGGGGAAAUCCCAACGACGAGCAAAUAUCCGGUAUGGCGACAUUGACGUGGGAACCGCUCAAAAAAAGUGAACCAAACAUAAAAUGUUUGAAUAUAAGUGACGAUCUAAAAUUGAUAGAAUGGCCAGAAUUAGCGAAGACUAAGGUGUGGGCGAGUGCUUAUGACCAUCACAAAGAAUUGCUUUACUGAGCAAAAACGAAAGGGAGUGCGAUUGGAAACAAAGAGAGAGAGAGAGAGAGAGAGCGAAGGAAAUGGAGAUUGUACAGAGCGCUCAAUGGCUUACGGACAAUUUAGCCGAGUUAUUAAUGUGAAUAUUUGAGACAAAUAAAUUAGUAAAUUAUUUUUGUAAAGUAAUACUAAAUAUUAUAUAUAUUUUGUUAUUUAUAAAUAUUGAUUGUUAUUUAUUUGCAUAUUUUAUUUUCUACAAAAAUUUAGAUUUACGAUUGUAAAUAAUAUUUAAAACAUAGUAUUAAAUUAACGAUAUUUCUUGUAACUAAAAUUGAAAAAAAGGCUUUAAAUAUUUGUA